AUGGACAUGCGCGCCCUCUUCCGGCCGGCAGCACGGCUGCUCACCGUCGCCGCCUCCCGCUCCUCAACACCGGCAUCAGCAUCAGCCGCAUCCUCCUCGCCUCUCCUCCCCCUCAUCACCGCCCGCGGCCACAAGACCACCGCCCGCACCAAGCGCGCCCUCAAGAUCGCGCCCCACGACUCCUUCCUCCCCGACCGGUCCGCCCCCUUCCCGGCCGCCGACUCCAUCAUCUACAACCCGCCCGCCUCCGAGGCGUCCCCCGCGCACACGCCCUUCAUCUUCCUGCCGCGGAGCGACCCCCGCCGCCUCGCCCUCUUGCGCCUGCGCAACAGCACGGCCGCCACCGCCGCGCUGGCGCCCACACCGGUCGAGGACGGGGACCUGCCGCCCGCGAUGCGCUACCACAGGAGAGAACCCCGGUACCACCUCAAGGAGGAGGACAUCGCCGAGAUGAAGCGCCUCAGGACCGAGGACCCGGCCAAGUGGAGCGUCGGACAGCUCGCCAAGAAGUUUGACUGCUCGCCCAUAUUCGUCAGGAUGGUGGCCCCGGCCCCGUCGGGGCAUCUCGACUUCCUCAAGGCCAAGUUGGAACGGAGGAUGACGCGCUGGGGCCCGAAGAAGACGCAGGCCAGGGAAGACCGCAAGAGGAGGGCGGAGAUGGUGUACCGUGGGGAAUUAUAA